GUCCACUUUGAAUGGGAGAGAGAGGAGGAGUUCCCCGGCGGCAGUUGUGACAGACAGACGCGCACUGUGUGCGCUCCUGCAGAGCACUGAGACUGCACCUGCAGCAAUGAGCAACGGGAGUCCCUCCCUGCUGUCCCCCCUUGCCUAGAUCCCAGCGCUGAGUAAGAGGCAGGAGGGGUGGGAGAGUGAGGGGAUAUCAGGAUAGCAGGGCACCAUGGCGGAAGAAAGGAACAAGAGAGCCGUGACUGAGCUGGCACGGAAACCGGGCAACACUGUGUGCGCUGACUGUGGGGCACCAGAUCCAGACUGGGCAUCAUAUACACUCGGGUUGUUUGUUUGCUUAAGCUGUUCUGGAAUCCAUCGGAACAUUCCCCAGAUCAGCAGAGUAAAAUCUGUCCAUUUAGACCCCUGGGACGAUGUGCAGAUUGAGUACAUGUCUUGUCUGGGAAACAAAGUAGCAGAAGCAAAAUAUGAAUCUAAAGUGCCAGCGUUUUAUUACAAACCCGCCUCUUCUGAUUGCCAAGUGCUGCGGGAGCAAUGGAUCAGGGCCAAGUACGAGAGGAAAGAAUUCAUUCUGAUUGAGAAGCAGGAGCCCUAUUCUGCAGGUUAUAGAGAAGGACUUCUCUGGAAGCGAGGACGAGACAACGGGCAGUUUCUAAGCAGAAAAUUUGUGCUUUCAGAACGUGAAGGAGCAUUAAAAUAUUUUAACAAAAACGACGCAAAGGAGCCCAAAGCAGUUAUGAAGAUUGAAUAUAUAAAUGCUACUUUCCAGCCGGCCAAGAUUGGGAACCCAAACGGCCUGCAAAUUACCUAUUUGAAGGAUAACAGUACAAGGAAUAUCUUUGUGUAUCAUGAGGAUGGGAAGGAGAUUGUAGACUGGUUCAAUGCCAUUCGAGCUGCCCGCUUUCACUACUUACAAGUGGCCUAUCCCCGUGCCCGGGACAUUGAGCUGGUGCCAAAACUGACAAGGAAUUUUCUGAAAGAAGGCUUCAUGGAAAAAACAGGUCCAAAGCACACAGAAGGCUUUAAAAAACGAUGGUUUACUCUGGACGACAGAAGGUUAAUGUACUUCAAAGAUCCGCUGGACGCUUUUGCCAAAGGAGAGGUUUUUAUUGGAAGUGCGGAGAAUAACUAUCAAGUACAAGAAGGACUUCCAAGCUCCACACAGGGGAACCACUGGCAGUAUGGCAUCACUAUAGUCACUCCGGAUAGGAAGUUCCUGUUUGCCUGUGAGACUGACACUGAUCGGGCUGAGUGGGUGGCAGCUUUCAGAACAGUUCUCAGCCGGCCUAUGCUUCCACAAGAAUAUGCAGUGGAAGCUCACUUCAAGCAUAAACCAUAGAAGAUGGAUUCGUCCACAUGUUUACAAAUGCACAAGGUUUACAGCUGAGAAAAAUAAAUUCACCUGAACAAAUGACUGAUAAUGGGGGAAAAAAGCUCACUAAUAAUAAAAAAGAACAAAUGCUAAGUGUGUGUUCCAAGCGCCAGUCUGGAUCGGCUGGAAUACGUUGGGACCAACUGAUUUCCAUGUUUCACUACACUUGUGUCAGGAAGUGCUAAGCUUGUGCCAGUGUUGUCUGUCUCUGUGUCAUGAACAAGCGCACUCUAGUGCCGAGUCUGGAACAGGAACCGCACUGCGUCUGCCCCUCUGCACCAGUUAUCCCUCUGUAUGUUGGCCAAGGAGCACUUACAGUAUGCUUUCUGCAACAAAUGUCACCGUGUAGAAAAUGCCAACAUUUUCAUUCCUAUUUGCAUUAAAAUGGGAGAUACACAGGCAGGACUCAUAUUUGCACUCUCGGAGCCUGGAUAUUUCCACCAACCUGACUGGUCAUAUUCCAUAGCCUGAACAUCCUUCUUCAGCAUAGGAACCAAGACCAGUGGGACCUACAGUUCCAUGAAGAUUCACUUUCCAUACACUUUCCAUGAAGAUCGGAUUCACAUACACAAUUAGAAACCAAGGGCAGCCAAGCAGGAUUCAUUUGCUGUAAAAUAUUGAGCACCUAGGUUUGUACCUGUAUAGAAAUGAUCUAUCGGGGCUUCUGUAUUCAAUAUUCCGAAAAUAUAGGGACAUCAUUUAUUGUCCUCGUGGAACAUGGAUCAUCUUUCCAUUUAUACUUAGGAGGAGCAGGCGCCAUAUUGUUUGCGGCAACAACCGAACCUAUGAAGGCCUAUGAAGUGUGGCUCUCCAAUAUGAAGGAAUUAUGUGUACAAAUCAAGAGCAACACCUUCACACCUCUGUCUGGCAGUGACACCUAUCUAUCAAUGGGUAAUAUAUUUCCAAGCUGUUCUGGUUAUUCCCCCCUCUCGGCCUCCUGGCCUUGUAUGGUACUUCACUGUCACUGGGUGACCCUAUAUCAUUAAGCACAAUUAUAGUCCAGCCCAGUGUGUCUGGGUGUAAUUAUAUCCUAAAUAAUCUUUCAUGUCGGCUUUAAACUUAGUAAUGUUAAAGAAUCGCCGGAGCUGACCAAUGACAUUCUGCUUGGAAAUCUGUAUUAUUUUAAAAGGGAAAUAUAUUUUGUUUAUGUAAGGUUUAUCUUCCAGUUAGAAGGAGGUCUAUACAUUCUGAAAUAUUCUGUUCUGGUGCAUAUGGAAUCUCAAGUGGCAAGUACGUAUGGAAUAUAGGAAUAUUCUGCACUCACUGUAGCACAUCUCCUGGAUGUUUUAAAAAAUAUAUGUCAGAUGAAUGCUACUUAGAAAAUGGGCAUAUAUUUGCCAUUCUAAUAUGAAUAGUCACAGGAAGUCAAACGUGAGGGCCAUGAAUUUGUGUGAUUGGGGAUGGGCAUGACUGGAUUUAGGUACCAGGUAUCUGUGUAUCUGUGUGUGAGCUUAUAUGUGGGUCACAGCUGUAUAUGGGGUAUUGGUAAUAUUGCAAUAUUUACACAUUCUUACCAUAAAUACAGAAGGCUCUCAUUCAGCGGAAGCAGGCCGGGUCUGGGAUUCAAAAUAGGCCCUGGCAUUUCAAGUACACAAACAGCCUCCCACCAGCCCAAUACAUAGUGACUGUCUAUGGCAUCUUACAGCAGUCCCUCUGGCAUUUGCCAGAAUCCACAGAUUGCCAGUUCUGACAUGGAAGGUAGAAUAUUGUUUGUGGACAAGUUAUGAAAGGAGCACAGGAAUUAUGUGCAUAUAUAGCAAUUUAACAUGGAUUUGCAAAACAAAAAUAAUCUUAAUAAUAAUGAGAGUGCUUAGUCACAACAAACCUCUGAUAAAGGCUGGCCUGCUAAAUGAGUCCACUUCCCUUAUAUACUAAUGGUCCCGCCCUGUGGUACUAUGCUAUUUAAUCAGUCAUUCAUGUGUUGUUUCAACUCUGCAAUCUGCACUUUUUAGAUUGCUUUUCACUGAGAUGAAUUUGUAGAACUUUGGGCUUAGGGUAAAAAAAACAGUCCAUUUAGCUGGCCAACAACAUAUAGAAGAGUGGUAUAGCCCAUACUAGUAAUAAAAUUGGUAGGUGCCACCCAGAUGUCCUAUCAUGGCAGCCAAGUCUAGGAUACAUGUAGCUGGAACCUGAGUCAUGGGACUGUAACCAGGGUAUAAAAAGCCCAUUUGCCAUUAACACAGACAAGUACAGAAGUACAUCACACACAAACUAGAGGAGACUCACCCGUCUCCAUUUAUGUUGUUCCCAGGAACAUAUUAUCAUUCAUUAAAGCCUAGCAUAACCGAUUAUAUUUUUAGUCCUUGAGAGCAUUUUUUACACUUGAAUUUGAAACAACAGCGCCACCUGCUGGUAAUUUUGACUGCUUGCGAGAGAAGAGUUAUCUGGUGUUUCUCUGGUCCGUUCUAAGCAGGUCAAUUUCCUCUGCUGACUGUGGCCAGUCUACCGAAGGGACAGCAGUUGGCGCUGUUGUUAAAGAUUAAUGUCUUGAAAACUAUAAAAAAAAUAAUGCAAAUUGCAAUAAUGCUCAGAAAGCAUUAACAGAGAAGAUGAAUUUACCUCCUGAAUUCAGUAUGAGUGUGGGAAGGGGGUGCAGGGAGUCACAGGGAGUUGUGUGCAAGUGAUUAGGGACAUGUUACACACGUCGGUCCCUGGUUGAAUAAAGGACGAUGGACAGACUUUGAGCAAUGCCUGCCAUAUGGAUAAUAGUAGGAAUGGGCCCAAGCCGUGUGUGUCUUACAGUACAAACAUUCUUUAUAUUUAAAGCAAUUAUAUAUGUUUCUUCCUAAUUUUGUUUCAAGUGGAAAAAACUGUACAUACAGUGUAAAUAUGUUCUGAGAUGUGUGAGAUUCAGUUCAUAUCCUGAUUAUAAUGUGAUAACUAGUUAACCAAGGGAGAUGCCACAGACAGAUAUUGAAGGGAUAUCCCCUGCAUAGACUUUUCCAUUGCUCCAAGGAAUUACUGUGAGCGCCUCCCUUUAAUAUCAGAUACAAUAUAUAUAACAGUCAUUCGAUUUUAGAUGCUGCUGGCUGAGUAACAUUAGUUAAUGAACCAAUCUCCUGCUAUUUUAAAGUGUCCCAUCUUUUGGGUCGGGACCUAGAAAUGGGAUCCCUGCUGUUUAGGGGGGUCUCCAUGAUCCCCUGGGGUACAGUGGCAUUCCUUCUUACAAGGUGCAGUGUUUGAGCCAUGAAGGUCUGAAAAUAUAUUUAUGUUAUAUAUAUAUUAUAUUGUCUGUGUAUAUGGCCUUUCAGCUGUGGGGAAUGCUGGGAGGCACAUUUCAACAACAAGGAUACCCUCAAUGGAAAUGAGAAUUUGAAACAAGGAAUAAUAGACUGAGAUUGCACAGGGCAUAAAGAUGAAGUUACUCCAACCCAAAGCCAAGUUAUAAUAUAACUUGGAAAUUGCUUAAAGCCGAAACAGUGGCAGAGGAUCUGGGCACUGACCUGCUUACUAAUUAUGGCACUACCAUCUUUGUUUUUCUGCAUUUACUAAAUACCCAAACAGAGAGACCAAUCCAGGUAGGUUAAAAACUGGGUGUGUUUUGGCCACACCUGCUGCAUAGGCCCCGCCCCUGACUGCAGUCCUGUUUUUGAGAAUUUUCAUGCGCUGGUGCAGUAAACUUUAAUGUAAGUGCAAAUUACAGGGGGUGACCCAUGAGUGGGGGGUGAAAUCAGGGUGGUGCCCAAAAAAUGAACAAACUCCUCCGUAGAAGAACAAAAUACAGGUUGAAAGGUUGGUAGGGAUUGGACAAUAGCUUUAUAAUGAGAACAUGUGGGAGCGGGAAUGGGGAUAAGUAACUUAGUACUGUAUGAAGAUAGAUUCAUUUUUUUUUUAUAUCCUUUCCCUAUAAGACAUUGCAAUUUGCAAUUCUCUCAGUGGGUGCUGCCAUGCUGCUUGCCUCGGCAUAGGUACUCUCCGUGGAUUACUGUUUUUGCCUGCUUGUGCUCCUGUAUAUCAGGAUUUUGCAUUGGAUGUCUAUGGAGAACAGUUCAGUCUGAGGCAGUCUGACAGCAGCAGCUUUUUAUGCUUACGGUCAAUAGAAAUGUUGAGAGAAGUUCUGUUGGUAGAGCUAUUAUACCCCAAUAUAUAAAAUAAACACCUACAAAAAUCAUUUUAGUAGGAAACUUUUAUAUAUCUGGGCCUCGGUGAGUGGUGGGGUCACUAGAGAGAAGGAUGUGCUUUGGCCGCUCUAUGGUGGUUAUUUAAUAAAAGGUGCACAGUUUGCUACAGUUCCUGUUACCCAUAGCAACCAGUCAGCACGUAGCAUCUCCUGGCCACAUGGUUUAAAAGCUAACAGAUUAUUGGUUACUAUGGGUUACUGCACCUGGGCAAACUUUGUGCCUUUUAUUACAUAUGUGGCUAUGAGUAAUGUACCUACAUGUGCCCUCCCCUGUAUUGUACAUAGCAUGUGAUUCUGAAUGUAUAGCAGCUGCACAGAGAUUGGUGUGUGUUUGUAAAUAACUAUGCUGUGAACAUUUGUUUGGUCGCCAAUAGUUGUACUAAAUAUUAUUCUGAUCAAUAAAUUAUUACUUCAAACAAA